UUAUGUGCUACAAGCUUUUUCACACCGUUGUUGUAUAGGGAUUACUAUUAAUCGUUACAAAGUAUUUUCUUUGCCGUGAGGCAUAAUAACGUAGAUGUUUGAAAUAAAUUGGAAUUCUACGACAGUUAAGAUAAAGUGCGUAGCGUGACUACAUCCGGUCUUACUUGGAUAUCACGAGUUUUAAGAUCAUAUGACGCAUUUGUUUAAUUAGGUCGGGAGUUCCACUUCUGAGAGUAUUAACGUGGCAAAUAAUUUCAAUACAACACGGUAGUGCUUUUACGAUUUAGUGAAACCGAAAGUAAAGAUACGGGCGUCUCCACUAACCAGCCUCACUGGCUUGUUCCGUGACACCCUAGCUGGAAAUGCUAAUUAAUCCGAACAAUUAAGGUGUUGAGUGCAUUUAAAAUAAGUCAUUUUUAUGCGAAAAGAUCGUACGCACUUGAUAACAGUAGGGUGAAUCAAUUCGCCGCCAGCGAUUUACCUUCCGGAGGAGGCUCUGGGAGAUUGAUUUUCCCACCCGAGCUGGCUGUGAGGUCAUUGAGGAUGCAACAGUAGCACCUAAUUGUUCCUAUGUAGAUUGUUGCGUUAACAAUUGUGGUGAUUACUGAUGUCCGAGCGUUGUUUUUACUAGAAGUAGACGCUUUUAAAUAGUCACUGGUAGCGGACCCGCUCAGUCAGUUUGAGUUUGGCGAUUCGUGGUGCGUUUGCAUUGUUCUGGUGACAGUGUUGGUGAAAACAAGAGCCUCGGAAAAUAUACCGUUGAAGUUACUUGGUUGUACUUCUUCCAACCCAUCGAAAAUCAGUAUGAAUUCCAAUCAAAUGCUGUGGUGCGCCAGUUUACUUCUGGUAGUCGGAUUUUGUUCCGUUGAUGGAGCUGCCAUUCGCGAAAAACGGCAAUUGAAUUCUCUACUCACACUCAGUGGAGAAUCGAACGCUAGGAUUGAAAAUGGUACCAUAAUCUGUGACACUCUGACCUGCCCGCCGACAUCGUUCAAGUGUAUCAUCGUGAAGAACAACACCAAGGAGGACUUCAAUACGAUCGAGGUGACACGCGAGUGUCUUGACCCGGCCGGAAAGGCCACAGCCAAAACGGUGGAGCGCGAGCCAAACAAGUUCCCCGGGGGGCAUUUCGAGAGCUACGCGGAGAUUGAUAAGAACGGAAACAUUGCGUCGUUCGACAACCGAGGCAACUCGUACAACCACUCCGGCAGGGGUGAUGUGCACUCCUAUCUGUACCAGCAGAUUGAGGAACUACACAAGGCAAUUUUGGACCAGCUGCACAAUGCUGGCCCUGGAACACCAUUGCGGAUUCCGUAGAAACGAAGCACGUCACGCGUCGGUGAAACGUGAGGCAGCGCCGGCGUUUGCGUUAGUUAAGCGUAAAUUGGCUGGUUUUAUAUUUUAAUUUACCAAUAAAACUACAUCGAUAGCAAUUCGUCAAGAAUGGAAACCCGAUUGAUGAUAUAAGUAUGAAUAGCUCGGCCCUUACGGGGUUAGCGAAUGAGACGCAACCAGGUUAUCUGAUUCAUAGAUGGGAACCUUCCCACACUUGGCGGAAUAACAAUGCGAAUAGUAGAAAGCCCCUCCGGCGAAAUUUGUGUAAUGUUAGCUUAGGACGGCCCGUUUAUCUGGUAAAACGAUAUGUUUUCUAAACACGCGAAUCGGUUGUACGUUAAUCAAUUGUGAUAUGUAGAUAAAUAAAUUCAACCUAGAUGUUAACAUUACGCAUUAGUGUAACUAUUUUUGUUUUCUCAGGGUUGCUGGAAUGAUAUAUAGUUUUUUAAUUUACGA